UCGUGCUUAUAAGCAACUUUUUUGCCUAAGCAGCUCUAUGAAAUUGGCCCCUGUCUUUUGCUAAGCAAGAAAUGACUUGGGUAUCAGUCAUAGCGAUGCUCUAUGGUCACAUCAAUGGUAGUUCUACAGUGUUUUGGCUGUAAGAUAUUUUUUGCUUAACAGAGUUUUCUGUGCUUAGGAAAUUGUUGUGCUUUCAUGCUUUAUGAAAUUGGGCCUAGAUUACAGGGUUUGAUAUUAACAGUGGACCACAGGCCCGAGUCCAGUGAUUUUAUUGUCAGGCCGGUAAACUUGAAUCCCUCACAGUCCGGUGGUCUUGUGUUUCCAGAAUUUGAGUCCGACCAACACCUUUUAAUUCUAUUAUCAGUGUAUAAACUUUUAAAACUUGUGAUCAUGAAACAGACGAGAUCAUUAUUGUUUGUUCAAAUAAAGAUAGUUUAUAUGGAAAUAUUGUAAAAAGGGUUUACAUAAUUUAUACCUCAGUUGGGAGAGUGCCAGCACAUUAAUCCGGAGGUCGAAGGAAGUUUAUAGGCCUACCCGCUCUAUAGCCAAUUUUUCUGUGGAGAGCAAAUACCUUUUUUCAGGACCUCACAAUUUAGGUUUUAAAAUUCAUGUAAACUGGUUUAGUGUUACCACUAGACUGUGCAAGUAGUGCAUGUUUUGCAAGCUUUUAAAAAAUAGUUGCAUAUAGUUUAAUAAAUGGUACAUAUUUUCAUCGUUUUUAUUAAGAAAAUAAACAACUGAACAACACAUUUUACACUGUAUACUUCACAGUUCAUCUCACAGGGUAUGUGCCACUGAGAUACAAUUAAAUUCAAGGCCAACAAUUUCCACACAAUUUCCUGUCACUGUACAUUUUAAGGUCAAACCAAAAUGCAUACAGAGUUUUUGUGACAGAAAAUUUCCUUUGCAGAACUAGUUACCCAGUUGUUGCACAUAAUUGUCACGCCUACUAUACCACUGCCUGGACUAUUUUUGUGUCUGGGUUUCGUUUAUCAUUUUACACUGAAGUCGAGGUCACCACUGUAGUGUUAGCCCAAGGGAGUGUUGAGUUUUACCAACUGGAAAACAGGGUGCAGUUACUAGUGUAAUAGUGAGCUAUGGGAACUGCCUCAAGUAAAAAACGUUCCAAAAAGCGGAGACCCCAAAGCGCCCCUCCCGGUGCCCUUAAAUCCCCGUCCACACCAAACAACCCUAAUGAGCUUUCCCCUGAGCAGAAAACCGGUUCGCCAUCCAAGCAAAGGGCUUCAUCAGAAGGGACUAUAGAAGUGAACCAGGGAUUAUCAUCAAGGAAGUCAGAGGAGGCAGCUGUAGUGAAUGACAGUGGCGGCGGGGAACCGGUGAAGAAGCCACCACAAGACAUUAGUAGUACAGAUGCUGAGGAGCAGGUCACACGGUCUUUAAGCAUGGAGCCUAAAGAUAUCAUGAUAAGCUACAGUCAUCAGGACAAAGAUCAGAUGAGGAAAAUCAAAGGAUCCUUGGAAGAAGCUGGCAUCAAAGUGUGGGUGGACGAGGUCGGAUUGAAGGCCGGUGUAGAAUUCUUCAACAAGAUCGGGCAAGCUAUUGUUGAUGCUAAGCUUUUCCUGUCUCUUCUGAGUACAAAGUCGGUCAUCUCCAAGUACUGCAAAGAUGAGUUGGCCUUGGCAUAUGUCUCCAGCAAGCCCAUCUUCCCAUGUGCGCUGCAAGUCAGAGAUGAAGUUAUUCCCAGCAUGGACUUUGGCAUGCGAUUGCAGCUUGCUCCAGUGACGUGGUUUAUGUUUGACGAUAGUGCUUCCUACAAUCAAUCCAUGAAGGAUCUCCUGACCGAUAUCAAGGCCAAGCUGGCUGAAAUGCAGGAAGAAAAAAAAACUUCAGAAGCUGUUGCCGACAAGAGAGCAAAGUUCCAGCGUCAGCGAUCUCAUUUGAACCUCCACUCCAAGCCCUCCUAUCACGGCAGAACCAGGGUUGAGUUCUGGGAGAAGAACUUCAAAGCGCUAGAGGCUGUAGAAUGGGAGCACUUUGAGGAGGCUUUCUAUAAGGAUUACCAAACAGAGCUAGAUGAGAUGUUCAAGAAGGUAGACCAGAAAUGGCUUCUCUCCAUCCUCUGUAAUGAGCUAGAUGAAGACGGGGACGGCAUUGUGUCCCUCAAACACUUCAAGGAGUUCUGCGUCGUAAACGGCGAGUCAUUUGAGUUUUGGCAGAGAGUACAGGAACAAGCCCUAGAGAGUUACACCAUGAGGGAGGUGUUCAGUAUGGACUCUACUGUACGCAUUGACGCUAUACAGAAUCUCAGCAAAUUCCACAGUAACUCCGUCGUGGAAGCACUCCUGGAUCUUUGCAAUGACCCAGACGAGAACGUACGUGCAGUUGCCGCUCUGUCCCUUGCCCGGGUAGCAGAACCAAGCAAUAAGUACGCCAUAAAACGCAUGAUGCAUCUACUGAAGGACAAAGACAGGCUGGUCAGAGAAGGUGGUUGCCUAGCCCUGGGUCAUAUCAAGGCAUCCGAGGCUGCUUCAGAACUUGUCAACCUCUGGAGAAACGAUGCCAUCUCUAAUGUAAGGGAAGCUGCUCAAAUUGCCCUGGAGAAGAUCGGCGGUGAAGAGGCUCAGAAGGCAAUGCAUAUCACCAAAGUGCUAAGCGAAGAGAUCAAGAAUUUAGCAGAAAAACCAUAAGACGAACAAGUUGAUACGUCAGUUAGUUGGUAGGUUAUUAGAGCACAACUUGCCCUCCAUUUUUGUAUGGAGCAUCCACGUUUUUGCACAAAGCUAUCUCAUAGGACACUUCGUACUGCACUUUGAAAACCAGUUCUUAAUUUUUUGUGGGUGCUAAAUAGAAUUUUUCUUUGAACACAUACUCAAGUACAUGCAUAGUAUUGAGCCUAUUGUGUAAAUCCAUUAGCGAACGACAGUUCUAUGAAAACAAAGUCGUUACUCAAUUAAUGCACAGUCCUCAAACAUUUAUUCAAUGGGAGACUUUUGGACGUUCCUUUUACUUAGUUCUCGCCAGUAUUGUGUGUGUUCAGACCCUGGAGCUGCAAAAAAAAAAGUAUGUCUGCUGCCGCCAAUUCUUAAAAGAGAAAAACAGAGCUUAUGUUUUUUGUUUUCAAGGUUUUUCAAAUUUACUUUGAGAACAAAAAAGUAUGGUUUUAUUUUUUGAAGUUGAUUGAAGUAAAUCAGUUAAAUUUAAUGAGCAAAACAAAAUCAAACCUGCUAAGCCAAAUGUUGACAUUAUUUUGGCUUCUUGUGAAUAAGCUGGAAUUUCUCUCUGAUUUUCUUUGUGUAUUCAGAGCUGGAUAAUUACAAGGUGGAAAUUAAAUAACAAUCGGAUAGAAUAUUUCAUACAGCACAUCAUUUUUGUUAGACCUUUUGUAGACAUUUGAUAUUAUGAUCUUGUCCUGCCUUAACUGUAACAUAUUUUACUGUUUGUAGUGAAGUCAAAAGAGUAUAUGACUAUUUUUGUAUACAAAAAAAACAAAUUUAUAGGGGCUGUUUAUAUAACAAGAUGAAAUCAAGUUAUUAAUUAGAACAUUUUUAUAUAGUAGAUCUCUAUAACACAUUUUCUUGGAGACCCUUUGUGCCUGUUUAUGCAGCUAUGGUCUCGAUCUUGCACUGCAAAAGAUUUAGUCUCAGUCCUCCCUGGGGCAUGGCUAGGGAUGAGAAAUCUUACUGUGAGCAAGAGACCUACAUAAUAAUAAGAAUACAGACUUGUAAUGUGUACAAUCCAUCCUGCUUGAUGUUCAAGGCGCAGUAUAACAAACAAACAAAAUACACACACAAAACAGACACACAAAAAUUAGGCCUUGUAAACCUGUGACUGAGAUGAAUUUUGAGAAGAGAUUGGAGAUUUGUGGUUCAAAGACAAGGGCCCUAUUUCAAGGCUGUGCUUACCGCUGAAUUCCAAGCUAACAAUCCUGAUUCCCCGCUUACAUGCAAAAUUCGCUGCUGACCGGUGAGAUACGCUUGCUGUAAGCACAGAAUUCCCUGCUUCCGCAAGUGCAGAUUCUGUGCUUACGAAAGUAGAGCCAUGAAAUUGGACCGAGAUCUUUGAACCUAGGAUCAGACUGUGCUGGAACUCUCAGUUGAAAAAGAAGAAAAUUUGGUUGAUAAUGAAGGUUGAUUUUAUUAGGUAGAAAUAGGAUGAUGACAGUUUACCAAACAUCUCAAGGUUAUGGCCUUUUUCUGUGUUUGGUAAUGCCAACGAGCCUUACCAUGCAAUUAUAACCAUGCUACAGAGUUGUUGAGAGAGACUUUGAAACUUCUCUUUUAUGUUGAAUAUAAUGAAUAUGAAUAUAAACAAAUUACUAAAAAGAUCAUUGUAAGUGUACAUUUGAAUUAUCUUGCCCAUCUGUGCAGGUUUUAAUGAAAGGAUUAAAGGUGCUAUUAAUGCAGACUUUCCCUUAAUAAAUUUGUGGUGCAGAACUGUCUUGAGGGGUCAUCGCAUUGGUGCUUUUUUGUUCCAUUUUCUAAAGGAACUCUCCAGGGUACAACUCAACCAAAUUGUAAUCUUUUAGUCUGAUUAGAAAUGCCACAACGGGCAAGAUGGGCAACUGGAGCUUUAAAUUGUUAAGUAUGGAAUAGGCGCCAUUUUUAGUAAACAUUGUCUCCAUACAUGCACUCCCAUCUGUUAGUAUUAUCGCAUCCAAAGAGUUGAUUACUAAAAUGGCGUUCAGUGCAUACUUCACAUGAAGCCUGAGUAGCACACCUUGCACCUGCGACGCUGUACAACAUUUGGUCAAGGGUCAGCCUUUUUUAAGAGAAAAUGGGCAGAAAUAGCACCUUUAAGCUCUUGAGCUUGCCUUCUCCUUAAAGUGCAGCUUAUCGCCACCACAAGAGGCACUUUGAGAGGUUUAAGUUUGUAAAUUUGGGUGCUUUUAAAUAUCUGAAAUGUGUAGUACAUAUAUAUAGACAUUGUGGUUGAAUAAUAAUAUAUUUUUCAACCUCAAAGUAUAGUGUGGUGGACCGUAACCUUGUAUUAAAAGGUCUAGUAUUUACCUUGUAUUACAAGGUCUAGUUUUUGUAAAGCAUUUUCUACAAUCAUCAUACUUCAGUCAGUUUUACUUCUUCCAUUGAAAUGAAUUUUUCAGCUACAUUUGAUCCAAUAUGAUUUUAUCAUGAAAAUAAACUGCAUCAAAUAUUAUUGGCAUUA